CAUGGCGAGCUUGGCGAGCGGAUCUCUCUCUCUUGCACUCCUCACCUGUCUCGCUUUAACAGCUUUUCUGCCUGAAGGAGCUACCCAGAUAAUAACAGCACAGGGUCAGGACCUGGUGACGGUAAACGUGUCAGUGAUCGAGGGCGAAACAGCCACAAUCAGCUGCCGGGUAAACAACAACGACGACUCGGUCAUCCAGCUCCUCAACCCUAACAGACAGACCAUUUACUUUCGAGAUGUCAGACCUCUUAAGGACAGCCGCUUUCAGCUGGUUAACUUCUCUGACAACGAGCUCCGCGUGUCACUGUCCAACGUGACGCUCAUGGACGAGGGAAGAUACGUGUGCCAGCUCUAUACAGAUCCCCCGCAGGAGGCCUACGCUGACAUCACUGUCCUGGUUCCACCAGGCAACCUAAUCAUCGAAUCACGUGAGGAUGUGGUGAGCGAAGGGAAUGAGACUGAGAUAACCUGCACGGCCAUGGGCAGCAAGCCCGCCUCCAGCAUUGUGUGGAUGAAAGGAGAUCAGAUCCUACAAGGUGAGGAAACAGUGGAGGAGACGUAUGACAGGCUGUUCACCGUUACUAGCCGACUCAGGCUCACCGUCUCCAAGGAGGACGAUGGAGUGGCCGUCAUCUGCAUCAUUGACCAUCCAGCUGUGAAGGACUUCCAAGCCCAGAAAUACCUGGAAGUGCAAUAUAAACCAGAGGUAAAGAUUGUGGUGGAGUUUCCAGAAGGCCUGACAAGAGAAGGGGAAAACCUGGAGCUAAGCUGCAUGGCAAAAGGCAAACCUCAGCCUCAUCAAAUUAACUGGUUCAAAGUAGACGAUGAUGUACCCUCCCACGCCGUGAUUACAGGCUCUGAUCUCCUCAUCGAGAACCUCAACAAGUCCUACAACGGGACAUACCGAUGUGUGGCGUCCAACUUAGUGGGGGAAGCAUUUGAUGACUACAUCCUCUAUGUCUAUGAUGUUUUCGUCACAACCCUCUCACCCACUACUACUAUCAUCCACUCUGAUCCUGCCAAAGAUUCCAGAGCAGAUGCGGCGGCACAGAAAAUCGACCACGCCGUCAUCGGCGGAGUCGUCGCGGUGGUUGUAUUCGCCAUGCUCUGUCUGCUCAUCGUUUUGGGACGCUACUUCGCCAGACAUAAAGGUACCUAUUUUACCCAUGAAGCCAAAGGAGCAGACGACGCAGCGGACGCCGACACAGCCAUCAUCAACGCCGAGGGAGGGCAAACCAACACGGACGACAAAAAGGAAUAUUAUAUCUAACUCUGACUCUGUUAGCGUCUCUCCCUGCUGGACAAGAAGUGAGAGUUUGGAAAGGGAAGGGAAGGGGGUGGGGGUUGUAGGGGUUGUGGGGGGUUUAUGGUUAUCAGACUGGAUUUAGACCAGUAAUUUAAAGUAAUUUAACAAAGAGGACAGGAGAGGAAAGAGGAGCAACGCUGCCAUCGAGACUGAAGAGGUGUAGGAUGGAGGAGCUCAAAAGAGAGCUCACGUUUCUGCAACAAGCUUCACUAUCCGACACCUCCCGACGCCUCCGACCGGUGCCAGUUUUGUUCAGUUUUUUCAACAUUCGUGGAAAAAAAAUUGUGCCUUGUUCUAUUUAUUUCGAAAGCACCUACUUCUUGUUCCUGCACCCACGACUUGCUGGCGUUCUGCUGGCUCUCUUAGCAGGCCCAAUCAGACCACGCUUCUCCGACGCCCGCACACCAAACACACACACACACACACACACACACUCCAGUGCUCACGCUGUUCCGCCAGCCAAGCAGAACAAACUCCAUUCGGGGUAUUACAAAUGAUGACAUUUUAGCCUCACAAGAACUGUUUACAUCUUUUUAACGGGUCGGUUCAAAGUGAUUUAUCAAUUCUUUUUCUUCAGCCCCCUCCCCACCCCACCCCACCCAAGCCCCAACCAAUUUCCCCCACCCUACAUAUUAGGUUUUGAGGUGGGUGACAUUGUUGUGACAAACCUGAGCUAAGGUCUGUUGCAGCUCUUUAGUGAUCUUGCAUUAUUUAAUAGCUUUUAUGUAUGUGCAGAUAUCCUGCUUGUGCUAGUUUUUAUUCAUUUUUCGCUGUGUCGUAAAUGGCCACCGGGUAGUUCGAUGACAAUUGCAAUCACGCAUUAAAAAUGAAUGCCAAAGCUAAUAGUAAACUAACCGUGGCUCUAAUACCACUUAUAGAGAGAGAGAUGUGCAGAGAUGCCAACUUUGGAAUUUGUGCAAAAACUCCUGAAAUGUAUCUAUGCUUGUGUUGAAGGCUUUGUGUGGUGCAAGAAAAAUCAUUCACUCUCAUCGGAAGAUUUUGAGUUACAAUCGCAACAACGCCAAAGCCAACCCAAGAAAGCAGAACUAGAACUAGAACUUGUUUGGUUGGGAGGGAGGGACGGCAUACUCUCACUCUCCUGUCAAUCACAGAGACAUUAGCAAACCGUGCAUUUGUAAGCUUGUGUAUGUGGAAGAGCGUAGGUUGCACUUUCAUCUGAGUGUGUUAGGCAGUCUGACCAGCAGGUCAGACACACAAAAAAAAACAACCAAAAAAGACACAAUCGACUGGCUUUAGAUGUCUUAGAGAAAGCACAUGUUAGACUUCACCCUUCCUUGUUGCUACAGUAGCUGUUGUGCGAUAAGAAAAACUGGCUAGUACAUAGAAAGUGACCAGAACCGAUAUGGAAACGAAAAACAACCCACUGUGACUUAAGUAAUAAACAGCUGCUUCACAUUUUUUCCAACUCAAGAGACCACCAUGUUGAUUUUUAUUGGCUGACAGGGUCGAGGCUUGUGAAUUCACAGGACAAAAGUUCGCAUAGAUAAAGUCAGCACGAGGUAAAAUCUCGGGUAAUGUCUUUCACCUCUCACGUCAUUUCCCCUUCAGUGGACUGACCUUUUUGUCCAGCGAAUUUUAUUCUCGCUUGGUCUGACCGCUGCUUUAUCUGAGAAAGCGGAAAAGCAUCAUUUUUCAGAUGGCUCCCAUAUCACCAUAGCAAGAGGUCAAAAAAUCAUAAAUGCUACAGCUACGCUGCACGCGUUGGCACCUCUGGACAUGCUUCAGACUACAAAGCAGCUCUAGUCGAUUCCUCACAUGCUGGCGCCAGGUCUCAGCACUGAAAACCGGUUACUGCUAGUGCUUAGAUAAUAUGUGCUCCCGUGAAAAAAAACAUAGCUGUAAUAUACAGUUGUAAAUUUAGAUUCAUUCUGUAUUUCCUGAGCCGUUUGACACGUGUAUGUGUGUGUGUGUGUGCGUGUGUGUGUGUGCGUGUGUGUGUGGGCCUCCUACCAGCUUAAUAUGUUUAAAACUAAAUUCUUUAUCGGUAACUUUGUAUUCUGUUGUUUAUGUCUCACUGUGGGGGCCUUAUAUAUUUUAUCUUUUUUUCUUUUUUUUUUUUUCUUUUUUGACUCCAUGGUGUUGUUUAUGGUCCGGCAUAGGAUGAGUCUGUAGUAUAGAAUAUAUGAAGUAACAUAGAGCAGUAUUGGAGAAGUUGUACACAUUGGCAAUCUCAUGGCUGCAUAUUAUUUUAUUGGUUGUAGAGUUAUUAUUAUUAUUAUUAUGGGAUGUAGAGGUUUUUUUAUAUAAAAUUAAAAAAUGGUUGAGUUUAUUUAACAGGAUUUUAAAACUGGAAAUUAUUGUGGCAAUUUUACAAAUGGUAAUAUAUUAUUAUGAUAUUUAUGUCUCCUCUCAUAGUCUGCCAGUGUCAAUUUUUGCCUUUGAUCACUGACCUUGCCGUUGGUUUGUACUGUGUUUUCUGGUUUUAUUUGAACGUAUAACUGUUUUCAUGUCAAUUGACUAGCCUGCAUUGCUGAAGAAGUGAAGAGCAGACUGGAAAUAUGUAUUCCGAUAUCUCACAGGGGUGGACAAUCACAGGAUAAGUAGAUGUAGUAUCCAAUAGCUUUAACUAUAAACACAUAGAAGAAAUAUUUCAGAUUUUUACAUUUGGUAUGUUUAUUGCAAAUAAAAGUGCUUGAUGGUGGUGUGGUGCACUUUGUUGCUCUAGUGAGUGCUACAGUACAUAUCCAAAUACCGCAACGGCAGAGGUGCAAUCUGGUUGUUUGUUUUUUAAACACAGAUUUAAUAGCAUGCAUAAAUGCUUUUCAGAAUAAGGAGCUCCAAGGUAUGUGGAAACCAAGCAAUUCUAUAGCAAAGGCUCCAUACAGUGGUAACUUGGUAUACAAAUUUUAUUUAAGUCCUUAAGGCAAAAUUUCGUAUUGUGAAACGCAUUUUCCCAUCAGUAAUAAUGUUAAAUGCAGAUAAUCUGUUCCAACCACUUAAAAAAUAUUACCAAUAUUACCAAUUUGCAACACUAUUAUCAUGUUUUUGCAUAUAAAAACAAUCAAAACAUUUAGAAAAGACAUGUAAAUGAAGUAUGGAAUGAAAUAAAUAGACAUUUAACCUCUCUUAACCAUAAUUUAUGAUUCCUCUUGGCACCGGCUGAUUGAAAACAGGAACACAAAGUGGCUCUUUUUUCUUCCUGCUACUGUCCUUGCUUAUUGCACAAAAUGCAAACAAACUUACAAAAAAUACGUAAACUUGUUUUACUUGGCUUGCCACUGAGGCAAACAAGCUUUGACGUGUCCUCCACAUAUUCGUCCAACUUACUGUAUGCACACGCGUAGGCGCAAGCCGGCUUAGAAUGGUCGCUCGUAUGCCAAAAAUACUGUGCAUGCCGAGGCAAAUUUCAGUCGAACAUUCUUAAAGCAAACAUGCCAAGGUACCACUGUAUACAGUAACUCAAUGUUUGUAAUGUUUACUUAUGGUUAAAGAUAUAAUGAAAAAAAAUAAAAACUCAAAGCAGACCAACAUACUGUACAGAAACUUGGUGACUUUGUUGAACAAAGUACUUCAUGAUAAUCUUCUUUUUUAUUCUGUAUUAAUGCACUUCAUUAUCCAGCUAGCUCACAAUAGGCUAUUAUAUUGUAAGCUAGUGUGUUUUUUUAUUUUUUUAUUUUGUGUUCGCCAUCAUGUUUAUUCACUUUAUGUUAAAUAUGAGGUUUUAUAUAUCUUAUGUUAGCUGCCAUGUUUGUCUAUGUUUUAUGUUAGCUACUACUUUUUUAUUCUAGACACUUCAAGGCAUCCAGAACAUGCAGCACAUCAGAGCUUUACUUGCCUGGUGGGCUAGCUAACAAAGUUUAUCAUCAGUCCACCCCUGUUUUAUCCUCCAACACUAAAGAAUAUGUUGCACUGAAGCUCGUCAGUGUCUGUCUGUCUACAUUACAGUCCCUGAUAUAAAGGACACUGAUAAGGAGCUUUCAGUGCACCAUACAGUACGUUAUGUUUGUUAUAUAUCUUAUGCUUUGUAAAUUAAAUGGAUAUUGGAAAUGUGAGAAAUUAGAGCUAUAAAAGUCUGCCACAAAGUACCAAAUGUAAAUGGUAGAAGAUAUAGCAUUGGGAAAAGCUGGUUUCCCAAUGUCACUAUCAUUUUAAAAUAUUAAUUCUUCUGUCUCAGGUCUGUGUGUAAAUUCAGUUGAUUGCAUCUCAGGUAGAGUGCAAGAUUUGGGCCCCACAGCAGAAGAACUUCAGAAUUUAUGAACACAUUUACUAUUCGAGAAAGACCCAUCAUGGCUGAGUUAAGCAUUUUGCUCUCACGACAUUACAUCCAAACCCUAACACACAGUGGUGCACUGUUUUAAAUGUGGAGAUUACUUUGUAUAGCUAGAUCGGAUCGUCAUCCUCAUCGUUGUCAUACAUGAUAGCAGGCUUGUGAAAAUGUGAUCUAAAAGUGAAGUUCGAGGUUAUAAUUCAGCAUUUUAGAUCACCUAAUAUAAAAAUCACCCAGUGCAAAGUUGUUCAUUGUUCAGAUCAGUUUUUAUGUCUGAAUUUUGUCACAUCUCUGUAGCUUGUGUUUCGGUGUAACGGGAGAUAUCUACUUGUUCCCAUCUCCAGUUUGUAUUUGAUCAUAAAAUUACAUUUUUAAACAAAUGGAGCAGUACUUGUCUUAAUAAAAAAUAGAUAUAUUCACGUUGA